GCUUCAGCUGGGCUGAUGUGAGGCGGGAGGCGUCGGCGGGAGCAGAUGAAGAGGCUCCGUCAGUCAGACGCCGAUUCCAUGGCAGCGUUUUGAGGAACUGUAGAGGUCCCCGUGGUGACCUGUUCCUUGACCAAAGGGGCCUGGAGAUGGAUAUCAAGAUCGCCGUCUCAUUGUGGGAUCUUGCUGUGUCUAAUCUAGCUGCCACAUUUCCAACAGCAACGGCUACACUUGAGGGUUUUGUUGGCUGUAAAAUGCUUUGGGAUGUCGAGAGGCUGUGGAAGGUGGUACAAAAAUGUAUGCGUUUAACCAUAAAGGACAAUAGGGUCAAUUCUGUCUCCGCACACAGCCGGGCUCACUGGAGAGUGAUUGAUACUGAGACCGUGGGAUGGUCUAUUUCCCCUCUGCGUUUGAAGAGGUGACUGGGGAAAUUUAAAGCAAAAACAGAAAAUGCUGGAAACACUCGGCAGACGCCUCACUUGGCAUUACCAGGACUGACAGGCUGGUUCUCCGAUACUCAGGAGGGGGGUGCAGUGUUGCUACCAAGAAAUGCCAGGCUACUCUGGCCCCUUGUCACUAUCAGUGGAGUCACCACGUGGUACGAUCUACAGAGCACCUAACAUGAGGAGCCCGACCCAGAGGGGCGACCUGUGAUGUGCGGAGCGCCCUGCUCACCGGCACGCCCUGCCGUCCAAUGAAGAAGCGACCGCGCUGUGUCUGUGCCACGAUGCGUCUGCUCCUGAGGUGCUUCCGCCUGGGCCGCAGGCGGCGAGCCAGGUUCCUCCGGCACGCCGGCACCUACUGGAGCUACAGCAAGCUGUGCGCCAGCUCCCUGAUCUACAACUCCUUCACCAACAGUGACGUGGUCCUCGACUCCCUGUUCGAACCCAUUUACUGGCUGGUGGACCACGUGACCCGGUGGUUUGGUAUGGUCUUUGUGGUCCUGGUGAUCACCUUGACCACCACCAUCGUGUUGAUUGUCUACAUCUGUGUCCUGCCUGUCAUCCUGAGCACCUACCCAGCAGGCUGGGUUGCCUGGCACCUCUGCUACGGACACUGGAACCUGAUGCAGAUAGUCUUUCACUACUACAAGGCGGUGCGGACUCUCCCUGGGCACCCGACUGAGGGUAAAAAUGACAUUCCAAUGGUUUCCAUCUGCAGGAAGUGUAUUAAUCCCAAGCCUCCUCGUACCCAUCACUGCAGCAUAUGUAACCGAUGUAUCUUGAAGAUGGACCAUCACUGUCCCUGGCUGAAUAACUGCGUGGGUCACUUCAAUCACCGGUACUUCUUCUCUUUCUGCCUGUUUAUGACACUGGGCUGUGUCUACUGCAGCGUGAGCAGCAGGGAGCUGUUUGUGGAUGCUUAUCUCACCAUCAACAUGGCCACUGCAGCUCCCACCAUAUCGUUCCGAGAAAGGGCUUUCCACAAGUGUAUCAUUUAUCUGUGGGUCCUCUGCAGCUCAGUAGCCCUCGCCCUCAGUGGUCUCACCCUAUGGCACACAGUCCUCAUCCUCUGUGGGGAGACCAGCAUCGAGAGGCACAUCAACAAGAAAGAACGGCAGAGGCAGCAGCAGAAAGGACGGGUUUUCCGAAAUCCCUAUCACGCAGGCAAACUGAACAACUUGAAAAUGUUUCUCGGAAUAGAAAAACAGAGCCACUGGAUUACUCGUUUGCUGCUCCCUUCCUCUCACCUGCCUUAUGGAGACGGCAUGACAUGGACACUGCCUGCAGCCUUCAGUGUUGACAAGACAAUAUUGGCGAUUUGAUGAGGGUACUAGAGCAGAGAUCGUUGUUCUCAGCAGGAAGGGGAUGUGAAAUACAGGGACUGAGGACUUACCUGCCCAUCCUGGCUGAGGAGAGUGAAGCAACUGUUGAACUUUGAAAACUAUCCAGUGAUUGGUCAGUGCUCCUUGCAUUCAAAGGCAACAGUCACAAGCUCAAUGAAGCAAUAAAAGACCACAGUAUUUGAUCACUGCUUAUGCUCACACCAGGAAGCUGUGCUUCACUGGUUGGGAGUUAUCAGGGAGUAUUUUUUUUUGUAAACUUAAGGGCGUUCAGGCAAAAUGAGGCCCCAUUUUAUUGAAAAGCUGUAAACUCCCAACAGUAAAAAGCUGACUUCCUUCCCUGAGGUGCUGUGAAACGGAUGCAGAAAAGUGAAAUCUUGCUGGGACGAACUCCUGAGGGGUCCUGGGAAUCGCUGGGUUUAAACAGGCUGCACCUCACCUUUGGGGAAGAAAAAAAAAUCAAUGGACCAAACCCAUUAUCGUUCAUAGUGGUGGGGAGAGAAAUCUAUUUACAUUUGGUUGAAUUUGACUUAAGACCUUAUUUAUUUCAAAUGGGAGAAAUAAUAUACCACAGUGCGUGUGGCUACUAAUUGUUUGCUUCCCAAUUUUGUAGGUGAAGGCUUUCAUUACACCUAGUAAAUGGUAGGUGACUGACUGAUGCGAUCUUCACCCACCUCAACACAGCUCUGCCCCCAGACAUCAGCAGGCUGAGAGUUCCUGCGUGUGUUGCGGGGGGGGGGGGGGGGGGUGCAACAGUUUGUAGGUAUCGCCCGGCUGGAAUUGGAAGAAGGGAGAAUCAUCUCCUUUAUGAUUGAUUGAUCUUUGGCUGUUGUUGAAUUUAUCGUUUAAUGAAUAUUGCUGUAAACAUUGUCAUUUUGCCUCAUUGGUGUGGUUGUUAGUUUUCUACAAGUGGUACUUUAAAGUUACUCUGUUGCUUUUUGAGUCCUUGGUAAGUUGUUCUUCCUUCCACCAAAGGGAGUGGGUAUCUGUGCUUGACAGGGAUUGAAUUCAAGAGGCAACAACAGAGGCUGAUUUUUUGCAUUAUCCUGUGGACAAGUACUCAGUUCCACAAUGGACCAUAAGCAAUUGGAAGUGUGUGGAUUAGACUACAAGGACUGGGGCCAGAGUACACUCCCAUCUCCUCGGGGCACUGAGGUUUGUAGUUACCCAGCCCCUUAACCCUUCUGAACCAGGUACUCGAGCAGGGGUAUAAUUUGAAACUGGCCCUUGAGGUAUGUUAGUCUACCACAAAUGUACAUCUCCAUUUUUAAAGAAUUGUAUUUCUAUAUUGAGCUUGGGAUAGCCCAGGUGCUUUCAGUCAACAAGGUACUCUGGGUUAUUAUUCACCCAGCCUGGUUGAGCUUUUACCUGCUUAAGGUGAGAAUCCAGGCAGAAGCUGAAUGCUGACUUACCUCCCAAUAGCCUGAGUUAAAUACCCUUCUUGGAACCAUGUAGUACAAACCUCAUACGUAAUGUCUGGGAUGAGUUGCAGGUACUGGGAAAACACAGAAUUUCAAUCCAGUGUUCGUUCUUAAAUUUCCACUUUGGUCCAAUUUUUACUGUAGUUCCAAUACAGUCCUUGUGACUUCAGCCACUCACUGUACCUUCAACAAUUGCAAAACUCCCACCUUUAAACACAGGUGAAUCUAGGUGUACUGGAGCACAAGCUCUUACAAAUAAAAGUUUUAUCAUUGA